UGACGUACUUUAUGUACGGCCCUUUUACAGCUUCCGUCAUUAUUUCAUCGUCAAUUCUCAAGUUCUCCGAUAGCCCCACCCCCCGUCCCCGUCCUCCCGUAUGUGAGCAGAGUUCAUCUCGUAACAGACGUCACGCCCGAGAAGCGGAACUCCCAGCCGGAUGGCAGGAACGGGGACCAGACCACCGUUGGAGUACAGGGGGGUGAACGUGGAGGCCGUGAUCGCCGGAACCCCCACGACCUGCAAGGUGGCCGUGGAGAUCUCCAACUACUCGAGCCGCACGCUGCACGCGCCCAUAUGGCACAUGGAAAGCGGUGCGGUGGAGUACAGCAUCCCCACCGAGAUUUUGCCGAACGAGAAACGGGCGUGCGGCUUUCGCAAGCGACGGGUCGGCUUGUUCGGCUGCACCGGAGUCCUCGUCUACCGCAUCAAGGAUUCCGACAAGUGCCUGUGCCUCAUGUUCAACAACCCCAACUCGGCAAUCUACAAACGGGAGCUCGCGAUCUCCGUGCAAGACUGGGUGCCUCAGAACACGCCGGCGCAGCUCUACGAGGAGAUGAUGAACCGGAACCUUAAAAACGAAGGCGCCACGUUCUGUAGGUCCGUGGCACUGGCGUCAGAUGUGUCAGUGAAGUGUCCCUCCGCCAUGCUCUCUGUCAACGCCAAGAUGAUCAAUGACAGCGAGUCCAUCGUGUGGCUGAACGUUAUGGAUCAGUCCGCUCAGGCGGUGCAAAUGCAGCUGAAUAUUAAUGCCAAUUUUGGGUUGUACACGAACUUUGGCCAGAAUCCCCAUUACGUAUCUAAGCCUUAAAUCGAUCUUGACUUAGUGCAUAGCACGCUUCACGGUGAAUUGUCACAAGGCGCCUCACGGAUACAGCAAAAGAUAAAUAAAUGAGCAUUCAGAAAAAAGGUCGAUAAUUACACAGCAAAUAAACAAUGAAAACAUUGAAUUGAAAUGCAUUACAAUACUGGGUAUAAUCAUAACAAUAUUUAACAAGCGUACCGUACAUUUGACUUUGAACUAGGAGCCAAACGGGAGGCGCAACAUAUUUCACAUGUAGAGUAAACUCUCUAUUAUCGAGAUUAACUAUCUACCUGAGAUUUUGACACGAAUAAAUAACUCAUGGAUUUUCCCUUAAGCCCAGAUUAAUAUUUGAAAAACAGUUAAACAUUGCUGUUCUUGGAAUGUUAAUUACAAGUGGCGUGCUUAAACCGUGCAAAUAUAUUGCUCCGGUUAACCCGAAAACCACGAGAUCGCCUCUACAGUACAGUAGUUGCCAUAUCUUUACAACAGUGGGGCGGAGUUUGAUUGAUGUUGAUUGGCGUCGCUCUGCUGCUAUCCAAUCAGUGGGCAGAGUCUUCUGCUGAGUGGAAGCAGGGAAGCUGAGCACGCACAUCAUCGAUUGGUCGAUCGUUAGUAUUCGUUCUUAAUUUUCCCUACAUUGGAGGUUUUUGGCAUAGAGAAUCGCGGAAAAGGGUUAUAUUUUUGGAUUAUCCGGGAUUUUGAAUUAUAACACGGCCAUCCUCAUGUGCGGAUAAUUGAGAGUCUACUGUAUUAUCUACCAUACAUAUUUGAAUUGAAAAAAGUUAAAACAAUGCUUUAUUUGUAAUAGCAAAUUUUUAAAUGUCACAGUUUAUAAACGAAUUUUAAAUCACAACAGCGAGGGCAUGAUUUCUUUUGUUCGGGAACAGAGGCACAGUGUGCCGAGUCUGUAACCAUGCGUGAUCACAUUAAAGGUUCAUGAUAUAUUCCUUCAAUUCCCGAGUUAAAGGUUGACGCUGUGUUAUAUGCGCAGAUAAGAAAUCUUUGGAAAUUGGCAAAAUAAAUGUGCAGACAGGCCUCAGGCCUACUUGAUCACACACACCGCCAAUACUUCGCCCGGGCCUAGUUUACUUUGUCCCUCCGCCCGUACCUCCGAUAAGCACAGUUUGACUACGUAUGGUCCGAAAGAAGUUCAACAAACGUACAUAGAUGAUUGUGCACGUUGUUGGGUUUUGUUUUGAUAUUGACACAUUUGUGGAUGGGCUACCGUCCCAGGCGAGAGUACGCAUGGCCACGCCUGAGGUCAGGCCUAGUUGCUUAUGGCCGAGCUCGGGUUAAGUUGGCUGCACACAUAAUGGGGCCUUAGUUGGGCCUCGUGUGGUUUCAAUGUUACAUUGUUAAUUUAGUUUGAGUGUCUGUUACAUUGUUGAAUAUAUUUUAAAGCACAGUAGCGCUCAUGGGCGAUAGCAUUGGUGUAUGAAGGUUUUCUAUUGAGGAUUAGCAUCUUUUCAACAAAGUGCUUGAUUCCUUAUUAAUGGACACUUACAGAUUAUGCAUAAUAUUACGAUUUCUACUUCGUCAUUAUACGAUGGGCGAAUAUAUGUGUGGGUACCCGGGAAAUCAUAUUUUAGUGGAUGAUAUUUCAAUGGCAGUUAAUGUUGCGUUCGUAAUCGUCGAUACACAUGCAGAGGCACGUGCGAGGUGACGAGAGGGAGCGUGCCACGUGCCCGCGAGUCGUGAGACGAUCCGGCGACACGAAGCCGAACCUCGUCUGUGUCGUCAGUCUCUGUGGAAUGUGCAAAGGUGUCAAAUGUACGGUGUUGUGGAGAGGGGGUAAAUAAAACCCAACAACGAUUUCCUGCUCCUAUCAGAGAAGAAAAAUAGCCCCACUGUGAAUGUGCUCUUUUUAUUAAAAAAAUAAAAAUUGUAUUUGCACGUUGAACUUCUUUCGCACC